GUCCACCCUCCACACACCGCUCUCCAGCCGGCGCCGACCGACCGUCCAGCCUCGUCCGAGCCCGCCCAGCCUCGCCGCGCCGCCGCCAUGAGCCAGGCCUACUCGUCCAGCCAGCGCGUGUCCUCCUACCGCCGCACCUUCGGCGGCGGCCCCAGCUUCUCGCUUGGCUCCCCCCUGAGCUCCCCGGUGUUCCCGCGCGCGGGCUUCGGCUCCAAGGGCUCCUCCAGCUCCAUGACAUCCCGCGUGUACCAGGUGUCGCGCACGUCGGGCGGGGCGGGCGGCCUGGGCUCCCUGCGCUCCAGCCGGCUGGGGUCGGCCCGCGCGCCCUCCUACGGCGCAGGGGAGCUGCUGGACUUCUCGCUGGCCGACGCCGUGAACCAGGAGUUCCUGACCACACGCACCAACGAGAAGGCGGAGCUGCAGGAGCUCAACGACCGCUUCGCCAACUACAUCGAGAAGGUGCGCUUCCUGGAGCAGCAGAACGCGGUGCUGGCCGCUGAGGUGAACCGGCUCAAGGGCAGGGAGCCCACCCGAGUGGCCGAGAUCUACGAGGAGGAGCUGCGCGAGCUGCGGCGCCAGGUGGAGGUGCUCACCAACCAGCGCGCCCGCGUGGACCUCGAGCGCGACAACCUCAUCGACGACCUGCAGCGCCUCAAGGCCAAGCUGCAAGAGGAAAUUCAGUUAAGAGAAGAAGCAGAGAACAAUUUGGCUGCCUUCCGAGCGGACGUGGAUGCAGCCACUCUAGCACGCAUUGACCUGGAACGCAGAAUCGAAUCUCUCAAUGAGGAAAUCGCGUUCCUUAAGAAAGUUCACGAGGAGGAAAUCCGAGAAUUGCAGUCCCAGCUUCAGGAACAGCAGGUCCAGGUGGAGAUGGACAUGUCCAAGCCAGACCUCACCGCUGCCCUCAGGGACAUCCGGGCUCAGUACGAGACCAUCGCGGCUAAGAACAUCUCGGAAGCUGAGGAGUGGUACAAAUCCAAGGUGUCCGACCUGACCCAGGCAGCCAACAAGAACAACGACGCGCUGCGCCAGGCCAAGCAGGAGAUGAUGGAGUACCGGCAUCAGAUCCAGUCCUACACCUGCGAGAUCGACGCCCUCAAGGGCACUAAUGAUUCCCUGAUGAGGCAGAUGCGGGAGAUGGAGGACCGCUUUGCUAGUGAGGCCAGCGGCUACCAGGACAGUAUCACACGCCUGGAGGAGGAGAUCCGGCACCUCAAGGAUGAGAUGGCCCGUCACCUCCGCGAGUACCAGGACCUGCUCAACGUCAAGAUGGCCCUGGACGUGGAGAUUGCCACCUACAGGAAACUGCUGGAGGGCGAGGAGAGCCGGAUCAACAUGCCUAUCCAGACCUACUCUUCCCUCAACUUCCGAGAGACCAGCCCUGAGCAAAGGAGUUCUGAGGUCCAUACCAAGAAGACAGUGAUGAUCAAAACCAUCGAGACCCGGGACGGGGAGGUUGUCAGUGAGGCCACACAGCAGCAACACGAGGUGCUCUAAAGCCAGAGACUCCUCUGCCACCAGAGACCGUCCUUGCCCCUGUCCUCACUGCCUCCUGAAGCCAGCCUCCCUCCAUCCUAGGGCACCACACACAGCCACAGAGCUCCCCUCACAGCCUCUGACCCCUGCUCACCAGAAUGCCUUCGUGGUCCCCACUGGGGACACGGCACUUCCCUGCCCGGCACAGAGCACACCCCAGUCGUGUGAGUCCUGGAUAUUAGGAAAUGAGUGAGCCUGGCUCUUGGCUGCCCUCAAGGUGUGCUGGGCAGGGCCGGGAUGGAGCCAAGGCAGAGUGCUGACCCUGCCCUCUGCCCCGCCUCCGGGACCCCAGGCUCUGGCUUAGGAGAGGGCCUCAGAGUAGGGUUUCAUGAACCCACAGGGUCAGGAUCAAGCCCCUUGGACCUCCCCACUCCCCAGCCCGGGUCAGGGACUGAAAGGGCAAGGAACUGGGGGACUAGCCCCCUGUGGAGACCAGGGUGGGACUUGAAACUGACCCCAUGGUCCCUUACUUUCCCAGGGUGGGCUUAGAAAGCAGGGGCUGCAAGAGGGUAUCCCGAAGGUGCCAGAUGUGGGAGCAGGAAAUUUAGAAGGAGAGAGGGUGGAUGAGAUGCUGGAGAGGAGAGGAGAGAGGCAGAGGGCGGUCUCUGGCAGGUGGGAGGGGUGCCCACCUCCCCGUGCCUGCCCCUCCCCCACUGGAGGGGCUCUGGACAGAAACAAUAAAAAGAUAAGCACAAGUGAGAACACUGCCUGGUGUCCUCUGGGGGCCCCCAGGAUCACCCCUAGAUGAACUGUGUGCUGCCCUCCUGCCCAGCCACACUGUCCCUCAGGGCCCGUGACCCCUUUCUUCCCAGAGCCUCCCAGUCUUGCCAUAUGCAUAUGGUGUAUGGGGGAGGGGAUGGGCCAGGCACUAUGGUUGGGGACCUACAAACACCUCCUGUUACACCCCAGUUCGGGGACUGCACCCUGGGCCCUCUACCUCAUCUUCAGAUCAUCAGGGCCCAGGGGCACUUCCCACUGCUUCCUGGAAGGACACCGCAGGUGCCCACAGGCUGGCUCUGAAGUGGGGGUCCCCAGCCCCAUCCCCAAAGAAGCUCACUUAAACCUGCCGGAGUACCUGCUAUACACAAGGGUCAAUUCAGGGAAAAGAAGAGUGUGAAGCGAAAUGGAAAAUUCUGUCUUGUUCUUGGAUAAGAAGACUCAUUACUCUAAAGAUGUCAUUUCAUCCUACAUUAAUCUAUCAUCAGUGCACUGCCAUCUCAAUUAAAACACCAAAGGGACAUUUGGGGAGAAUUUGGGAAAAU